CCGUUGCCGACGGCGGCCGGCAGGGGUCAAGCUUCCUCCCCCUCGCCCCCCUUCCCCGCGGUGCCGCCGCCGCUCGCCCCGGCCGCGGACGCCCGCCGCCAUGGAGCUGUGGCAGGUGCCGCUGCUCUUCUCCCGCCUGCCCAUGUUCCCCUUCUUCGACCUGGCGCACUACGUGGCCUCCGUCAUGGCGCUGAAGGAGCAGCGCGGAGCUGUGGAAGUGUCAGUCCGAAGUCCGUUUGCAUGCUGGUUUAGUGCUAUGCUUUAUUGCUUUGGUGGGUCUGUUCUGUCUUCCUUGAUGCUUGGAGAACCUCCAGUAGCAUUUCUGGAAAAGAACACAAAUAUUCUUCUGGCAUCUUCAGUCUGGUAUCUUAUAUUUUACUGCCCACAAGACAUGUUCUACCGGUGCUUUGCGUUUCUACCUCUUCGGCUUCUGGUUGCAGGAAUGAAAGAAGUGACUAGGACUUGGAAAAUAACAGCUGGAGUUGCUCAUGCAGACAGUCACUUCAAAAAUGCCUGGCUUGUUAUGGUAGCUGUGGGCUGGGCCAGAGGAGCUGGUGGUGGCCUAAUCUCUAACUUUGAGCAGUUGGUGAGAGGAGUGUGGAAACCUGAAACCAAUGAACUACUGAAGAUGUCCUACCCUGUUAAGGUAACGUUGGUAGGAGCAGUUCUUUUCACGCUGCAGCAUAACCAGUACCUGCCAAUAGCAAGACACAAUCUCAUGUUUUUAUAUACCGUCUUUCUUGUGGUCACCAAGGUAACAAUGAUGUUGACACGAUCUGCAACUUCUCCAUUUGCUCCCAUUGAGGCUGCAUUAGGCCAUAUGUUCUUUGGCAUGCAACAGACACCAUCCAAAGUGAAGGGUGAAAGUGCUGUAUCUUCCAAUGGCUCUUCAGUCUGCGAACAGUCUUCCUCUGGACAGCACCGUGAUGGUGUUAAGAAACGACAGGCAAAGAAAACAGAAUAAGUGGAUUGAAAUCCUUGAUAGUCAUAACCUUCGAAGAUGUUCGUAUUUCAAAUUACAUCGACUGAGAAAUUUGUUAAAUGCAUGUAAGGAGAGAACAGGGCUGUAUACUACUGCAGUGUUGUUCACCUUCAGAAUGUCUUUUGUAAGCUACUGUUUGUAUGUCUAAAUGCACAUGUUGGGUUUGUAAGUUUAAAAAGUACCAAUUUUUAUAGUGGUUAUAAAUUUACUAAAUUUUAUAUUUAUGAAUAAUGUUUAAAUACAUGCUGAAAAGAUAGUUUCAAAAUGUGACAAUCAGCUUAUCUUUUCUAAGAUAUUACUUAUUUUACCUCUUCUUCCUUUUUCCUGAUUCUUAUAUUUCAUUUGAAUAACAUGGACUUGCACUGCCAAGUGUUCAUAGUAGCUUGUCCCAAAUAAGAAAAGCUUUAGCUAGUCUUCAUCUCAGUAAGACUUACUCAUGUUGUACUACAAACCCAUGAAAAUGACCAAACUAAUGCCUUACCUAGAGAAACAGCUGAAUUACUAUUGUAAUUCACACUGCACUGGUCUAGCCUUUUUUCAUUUGUUCAAGUAAAUAUUUUUCACAUUUUUCUAUUUUUCAGAAUAAGAGUGAAUUACAUGGUACUUUAAAAAAUCUUUACAAUUGGCAGAUAGAAGUAUUUCAGUAUUCUUCUUGUAGGCCCACUCUGACACUUUUUUUGUAAGCAUUUGAUAUGUAGCAGUUUUUCAUAUAUAGUAUGUGGUUUGUAGUAUCUUUCAGUUUGACUGGGAUGAGGUGCGUCCUUGCAUGUAGUUUUAUCCAAGCAUAUACACUUUUUUUCCUGUAAAAAUCAACCUUUUCUUAAAAAGAAAACUGGACAGUAUACUUUCUUUUUUUUCUUCAUGGGUUCUGUCCUAAUAUGUAUCCUGUUAAUAAAUAUCAAUGCUAGUUCGUUACAGUUACCUCUGCUGCUGUUGGGGAGGAACUACUAAUAUCAGAUGCACUGGAACUAUUUGUUAGCACUUGCUGAAAACUGCUUCUUGCCGCUCAUUACGUCUUUUUUUGCACAUGAUUUGUAGCAGCUGUAGCAGUCAUAUACACUUCAGAAUUGAGAUCUGUGGUGUUUUAGAGAUGUUGUAUUUCGUAAGAAUAGAACUUUUCAGAGGAAUCUUUCAUUUGAUGUGCCCUUUUUUAGAAUAAAUUAAAUGUAUUUUUAUAAAAUAA